CAACAGGCUUCCACUUGUCGCACAGCGUCUCGAGAUCCUGGUCGUGGACAUCCACGCGCCAUAUGCUGUUUGUUCAAUGAAUGUGGUUGCUGGUUUUCCGUCGCAAGCCGGCGAAGCCUCUGACACGUCUCGUCUCGACCACAGCGCCCUCCAAGUCACCUCCGCAACCAAGCACCCAUGCUGUCCUACUCCGCAAGGUGUACCGUAUCUCCAGAUACUACGGCAGGAAGACCAAUGAUCCCAUAUUCAAGCUGUUCAACUACAUCGUGCGGAGCCCUGAGCGCACGGUGCCCCCACCUAUGCUGAAGCGUUCUGGCAUAACAGUUCAGGAGUACAUGCUAUGGAAGCCUGUCAUUCUUGCACAGGACCUCGAUGAGGUUAUUCUCUUCCUUACCAACAACGGUAUCACCAUAGCAGAGCUCGACGUCCUGCGGGGACAAGAUACGAGCGCGCGUCCGCAGCCUCCGACCUGGGUUGUCCUGUAUACCCUGUGCUACAAGGUCAAGUUCGAGUCGGACGCGUGGAAAGCACUUGUGCUAGCGUACUUUCACCUUCCUGUCGUACCGACCCACCUCCAACCAGCCCUCCUGAUCUUGGCCGCCUGCUGGCUAGCUGAACAUGACCUGCUAGUUCCUCUUCAGGGAGUCGUAGACAUGCUUCUCCACGGGCCGCACGGAACAAGCCUCCAGGAUUUUCACUUCCAACUUUUGCUGCAACUCAUCGCUCACGCAUCGUCCUCCAGUCAAGUCUACCCGGUCGUUCGCCAUGUCAUUGAACGCUCCGACACUCACCUAUUCAACCGGGAAACGUUCGAUGCCCUCCUUCGUAGCCCUUCUUCCACACCUAUGACAGGCCUCGUCGUAUGGCGGAAGAUGGAAGCCCAAGGCUAUCGCCCUACCAUGACGAAUCUGGCACGGUUGACGGCCCUGUAUACGAGGGGGCGAUGGGAACGCCGAGCGCGAGCUGUCUUACGUCUCCUGCGCUCACGUCUAGCAGAGGUCAAGGAUGAUGACGGCCUGCCUCGUCCCGCUUCCAGCCUAUACCUCUCGUUGCGAACGGAGAGCCGCUUUCUCUCUGCUUUCUCGUCUGUGGAGGCACUCCAUGCGUAUCUGCGCGAUGUUCUCGAGACAGACAGCCAACAACCAUCCAAAGACAGUCAUGCAUCUAGCGGGUCUGAAGUCGCGGAGGGCGAGCCCGAUGUCGACGCUCAUGGCGCCACUGCUACUGCAAGUAGCGAUCCGCCAUCCGGAGCGCAGAAGCAAGAUCCGCUCGACAAGCCGCUUGGCGACCUUGGUCCACUGCUCAAGAUAGCAAGCGUAUGGAAGGACUCUAUCACGGUCGCCAGCCGGGAUUCCUCCACUUCGUCCGAGUAUCUACGGCAGGUGUAUGAUCGUGCUAUCCGAGCGCAUCCUCUAUUGAGUCUGGAUGUAUACUUCCAUGCCGUCACGAUCCACGGAUUCCUCAGGCGUCGCGACUACGUCAAUGCACUGGAGCUCUGGGGCAAGAUACGGAAAUAUCAGCCGCGCCUGACGAAGUCCACCCUGACAGUCGGAGUCGAGGCGCUGACGCUAGCGGGUCGACCCAUGCAAGCCUUGGACCUGCUUUUCGAAGCGACAGAGCUGCAAGCAAGCUCAGAGGCGCGUGGUAACGACCCUGCAUCGUUGAUCGACACGCAGGCGGUCAAUGCCUUCAUGAUAUCACUACAGCGCACGGGCUUCACAGACGCCGUCUUCGUGUUGUGGGACAGCAUGAACACGAUGUUUCAUGCCCGCCCUGACCUGUACACCCUCACUAUCCUGAUGCAAGCGGGGCGCCUGGCGAGCAAGUGCAACCCUUCCUUCCGCAGCGCAAUGGCGGAGCUCGGCUUAAGCCGUUUCGUUCGCCGAGGAAAGGAGGUCGAGUCCGACGAGACUUCACGCGACGGCUGUUUCUCUCAGGUGGAGAGGAUCAUGUUUGCCGAGGCGACUAAGGGAUCUUCCGGGUUGUGGAACGGUGAACGCGCUGGCACCGUCGUUUUGCGAAUCGCACAGGAAAUCAUGUUCAACAACUGGCCGGAGCUGAAGGAUGUCGACAGCCCAGCCGAGGCUCUCCGACCAACUGGAGACUUCCAGGGAUCCUUCCCCAUGACGAGCCUCCUGCGCACCAUGCUUCAUCGCAAGGCACCCACUGCCACUCCCCCGGAUGCCCAACCCACGCGCGGCGCCCUCAACUACCCGCAGAUCACCCUCAACGACGUCGCCUUCCGCGCAUACAUCGACCUCCUCGCGUCCGAGUCGCAAAUCCCGCAGAUCCCGCUCGCCCUCGCGUGGAUGCGAACGCUCGGCAUUCGGCCGUCGCAGCAGACGCUCGCGACCGCGCUCGUGUACUGGGCGGAGGUCGGGAUGGACGCGCCGCUGUUCGAGCACUUCCGCGACGGUAUGAGCCAGUACGCACGGCUGAAGCGAUGGAUGAACGAGUGGGUGGGCGACAGGAUGAUGCCGACGGACGAGCAUGUCGCGGUGCAGAUACAGCGGCUGAAGCAUUUCAGAGAGCGUACGCGGCAGCCUCGCCUGGAUCCGCACGACUGAAAGCGGCUGAAGCUAGUUUCCGUCGGACACGCGCUCCUGUAGAGUUACGUAGGCUUGCCUGGCUCACGUCCAUGGUCACUUCUCAUUGUUGUCAGUAUGUCCGUGUUCAUGUACAUAAUGCGCGACAUUGCUCUCUAUCGUAGCGCAUGUGGCUUAGGUGAGAACCAGAGAUGCUGUGACA